UGCCCGGCGCCACCCGGCCAACUUCUUUUCCAGGUCCCCUCCCUACUUUGGAAAGUGAAAGGACUGCGACGUAAACCUACUGGCGAGCUGGCUGUGAAGCCUGGGCGUUCCUUCUGUUGAGGGGCUGCUUGGAUUGUUCUCUGUUUACACGGAUUUCCGUAAGUGUUAAGGUCUGCAUCUCUGAAGUAAGAUGAUUUGCCAAAAAUUUUGUGUGGCUCUGUUACAUUGGGAAUUUACCUAUUUGAUAACUGCAUUUAACGUGGCAUAUCCUGUUACUCCCUGGAGAUUUAAGUUGUCAUGCAUGCCACCAAAUACAACCUAUGACUUUCUCCUGCCUACUGGAAUCUUAAAGAACGCUUCAGAUGUGAAUCAACAUUAUGAGGCAAUUGAAGCUAAAUUUAAUUCAAGUAGUACCUACUUUUCUAAUUUAUCUUCCAAAACAACUUUUAACUGUUGCUUUUGGAGUGAGGAAGAUAAAACCUGUUCUGUACAAGCAGAUGUCAUGGAAGGGAAGGCAUUUGUCUCCACAGUGAAUUCUUUAGUUUUUCAACAAAUAGGUGCAAACUGGAACAUACAGUGCUGGAUGAAAGAGGACUUGGAAUUAUUCAUCUGCUCUAUGGAGUCACUAUUUAAGAAUUCUUCCGAGACUUAUGACCUUAAGGUCCAUCUUUUAUAUGUUCUGCCUGAAGUGUUGGAAGAGUCACCUCUGGUCCCCCAGAAGGGCAGUUUUCUGACUGUUCCGUGUAACUGCAGUGUUCAUGACAGCUGCGAAUGCCAUGUGCCUGUGCUGACAGCCAAACUCAACCACACUCUUCUUAUGUAUUGGAAAAUCACAUCUGGUGGAGUAAUUUUUCAGUCACCUGUGAUGUCAGUUCAGCCCAUAAAUGUUGUGAAGCCUGAUCCACCAUUAGGUUUGCAUAUGGAGAUCACAGACGCUGGCAAUUUAAGGAUUUCUUGGUCCAGCCCAACAUUGGUACCAUUUCAACUUCAAUAUCAAGUGAAGUAUUCAGAGAAUUCUUCAAAAAAUAUGAGAAAAGCUGAUGAGAUGGUCUCAGCUACAUCUCUGCUGGUAGACAGUGUGCUUCCUGGAUCUUCAUAUGAAGUUCAGGUGAGGGGCAGGAGACUGGAUGGCCCAGGACUCUGGAGUGACUGGAGCACCCCUCUUAUCUUUACCACACAAGAUGUCAUAUACUUUCCGCCUAAAAUUCUGACAAGUGUUGGGUCUAAUGUUUCUUUUCACUGCAUUUAUAAAAAUGAAAAUGAGAUUGUUUCCUCAAAAAAGAUUGUUUGGUGGAUGAAUUUAGCUGAGAAAAUUCCUCAAAGCCAGUAUAAUGUCAUGGGUGACCAUGUUAGCAAAGUUACUUUUCCUAAUUUGAAUGCAACCACGCCUCGAGGGAAGUUCACCUACGACGCAGUGUACUGCUGCAGCGAGCAUGCAUGCCACCAUCGCUAUGCUGAGUUAUAUGUGAUUGAUGUCAAUAUCAAUAUAUCAUGUGAAACUGAUGGGUACUUAACUAAAAUGACUUGCAGAUGGUCAACCAAUGCAAUCCAAUCACUCAUGGGAAGUACUUUGCAGUUGAGGUAUCAUAGGAGCAGCCUUUACUGUUCUGAUGUUCCAUCUAUUCCUCCCACAUCUGAAUCCAAAGAUUGCCGUUUGCAGAGAGAUGGUUUUUAUGAAUGCGUAUUUCAGCCAAUCUUUCUAUUAUCCGGCUAUACAAUGUGGAUUAGAAUCAGUCACUCUUUGGGUUCACUCAACUCUCCACCAACGUGUAUUGUUCCUGAUUCCGUGGUGAAACCACUGCCUCCAUCCAGUGUGAAAGUGGAAAUUACUGUAAAAAUUGGAGUAUUGAAAAUAUCUUGGAAAAAGCCAGUUUUUCCAGAAAAUAAUCUUAAAUUCCAGAUUCGCUAUGGCUUAAGUGGAAAAGAAGUACAGUGGAAGAUGUAUGAGGUGCAUGAUGCCAAAUCCAAUUCUGCCAGUGUCCUGGUGCCAGACCUGUGUGCCAUCUAUGCUGUCCAGGUGCGCUGUAAGAGGCUGGAUGGGCUGGGGUAUUGGAGCAAUUGGAGUAGUCCAGCCUACACAGUUGUCACAGAUAUAAAAGUUCCUACCAGAGGACCUGAAAUUUGGAGAAUAAUUAAUGAAGACACCACUAAAAAAGAGAGAAAUGUUACUUUACUUUGGAAGCCUCUGAUGAAAAAUGACUCAUUGUGUAGUGUAAGAAAAUAUGUGGUAAAACAUCAUACUUCCCUCAACGGAACAUGGUCAGAAGAUGUGGGAAAUCACACUCAAUUCACUUUCCUGUGGACAGAGCAAGCACAUUCUGUUACAGUUCUGGCUGUCAAUUCAAUUGGUGCUUCUUUUGUGAAUUUUAAUUUAACAUUCUCAUGGCCUAUGAGCAAAGUAAAUACCGUGCAGUCACUCAGUGCUUAUCCUUUAAACAGCAGUUGUGUGAUUCUUUCCUGGAAGUUAUCCCCCAGUGAUUUCUCUCUGAUGUAUUUUAUCACUGAGUGGAAAAUUCUUAAUGAAGACAGUGAAACUAAAUGGCUUAGAAUCCCUUCAUCUGUUAAGAAGUAUUAUAUUCAUGAUCAUUUUAUCCCCAUUGAGAAGUAUCAAUUCAGUCUUUAUCCAGUAUUUAUGGAAGGAGUGGGGAAACCGAAGAUAAUUAAUAGUUUUACCCAAGAUGAUAUUGAAAAACACCAGAAUGAUGCAGGUCUAUAUGUAAUUGUGCCGAUAAUUAUUUCCUCUUCAAUCUUAUUGCUUGGAACGUUAUUAAUAUCACACCAAAGAAUGAAAAAGAUGUUUUGGGAAGAUGUUCCAAACCCCAAGAACUGUUCCUGGGCACAAGGACUUAAUUUUCAGAAGCCAGAAACAUUUGAGCAUCUUUUUAUCAAGCAAACAGAAUCAGUGACAUUUGGUCCUCUUCUUUUGGAGCCUGAAACGAUUUCAGAAGAUGUCAGUGUUGACACAUCAUGGAAAAAUAAAGAUGAGAUGGUGCCAACAACUAUGGUCUCUCUACUUGUGACAACUCCGGAUCUCGAAAAGGGUUCUCUUUGUAUCAGUGACCAGCCCCACAGUGCUAACUUCUCUGAGCUCGAGAGCGGCGUGGUAACCUCUGAGGAUGAAAGCAGGAGACAGCCCUCUGUUAGAUAUGCCACUCUACUCAGCAGCUCUAAGUCAGGUGACACUGAUGAAGAGCAAGGGCUUAUAAACAGUUCAGUUAGCAAAUGCUUCUCUGGCAAAAACUCUCCGUCGAAGGAUUCUUUCUCUAACAGCUCAUGGGAGAUAGAAACCCAGGCAUUUUUUAUAUUAUCAGAUCAGCAUCCCCCGAUAACUUCACCACACCGUCCAUUCUCAGAAGGAUUAGGUGAAUUUUUGAAACUUGAGGGAAAUUUUCCUGAAGAAAAUAAUGGUGAGAGGUCUGUCUAUUAUUUAGGGGUCACCUCCCUCAAAAAAAGAGAGAGUGGUGUGUUUCUGACUGAUGAGUCACAAGUGUUGUGUCCAUUCCCAGCCCACUGUUUAUUCACGGACAUCAGAAUCCUCCAGGACACUUGCUCACAACUGGUAGAAAAUCAUUUCAAUUUGGGAACUAAUGGUCAGAAGACGUUUGUAUCUUACAUGCCCCAAUUUCAGAUUUGUUCCACUCAGACUCAGCAGAUAAUGGAAAACACAAUGUGUGACGUAACUGUCUAAUUUCAUUCAAGAAACAUCUCAGAGUUAUGUUCCAAUGAAUCAUAUGAAGUGGAAGACAGUCCACCAUGGUGUGGAUAUGGGA